AUGACCCUGGGCAUAGCCGGACUGCUGGCUGAUGACGAUGUGGCGCUCUCUGGAGCGGAGGUGGUGGACGUGUCCUACCCCGGUUUCUGGAAGGAUCUGGAGGCGCUGACGUGCGAGGAGCUUGACCAGUACUGGCACUUCACGGUUACGGCCACCACUCGUACCCAGCGGCUUGGGGAAGAGGACGGCGAAGACUACCUGUUCAUGGACAGAGACAGUUUUCACCAGAUGGUGCGCGAGGGCGACUUUCUGGAGUGCGCGCAGGUGUACGGCAACUGGUACGGCGUCGUACCCAAGUCCCAGGGCGCCGCCACUAUGAAGGACCUGGCUCCGGGUGGAAUAUUCAUCUUCCUGAUGCCCCCUUCGCCCCAGGAGUUGGAGCGGCGUCUGCGAGAGCGCAAGACGGAGACUACGCCGGACCUUGAGCUGCGUAUCCGCACCGCCAUGGACGAGAUGCGGCAGUUGUCCCAAUUCGACUACGUGGUGGUGAACGACGACCUUGAAACGGCGGUAGACCAGAUAAAGGCAAUCAUCACCGCGGAGAAGUGCCACAUACCCCCUCGAUGGGUGUAUCUCUAG